AUGUCUCCCAGAAUCACUCGCUCCGCCGCGAGACUUGCAGCAGAACCUCCCUCGACUUCCGUCGCUGCUCCACCUCCCCCGAAUCCCGCCGCUGGCUCGGCCCCAUCCCGCAAACGCAAGGCCCCAACACGACCGGAUCGCUCGCGAGAAGCUCCCGAACCGCGGAAUCCCCCAUCUCCUCCUCCUCGUCGAGCGAAGAAGCAGCGGCUUGCUGCAGGACCUCCCUCGCAACCACCUGCCGCCCCCGUCGGUCCUCGUCGCGGCUCCCGUAAUCGCACAGCAAUGUCCCAACCUGGUCCCUCGUCGAACCCCUCCGAUGAUAUCCCGGAAAGCAGAGCAACCUCUUCAUCGUCCAGACGCAAGUCGAGUAGGAGCAGCAAAGUGUCACAAGAUCGCCUUUCAGCAACACAGUCCCCGCCCCCACGUCGACAGAAGAAGCGCUCGGCCAAGGCAAACAAUCAAGACCUGUUGAUGAAGGACGACGAGGACGAUGAUGGCCAUGAAGAUCGACCAUCGAGUGGACAGCGGGACUCAUCUCCACCGAGCGAAAGCAACGAUGGUACGAAUCCGUCUGCGUUCGACGAUGACGAUGGAGACCCGUUUCACAGCAGCCUCUUUGGCUCGCGAAGCCCCUUUGGACUCCAGAGCACGCUGCGAGCCCUCAGCGGCAUGAUGUCAGGCAUGUCAUCCCGCCUUCGCGAAAUCCUCGCCAAUUUGCGAAUGAAAGAGGACCCCUCGGUUCAACUGAUUGCACUGCAGGAGUUGUCGGAUCUUCUGCUAGUGUCCAAUGAGGACAAUCUGUCCGGCCAGUUCUCUCCAGAUCCCUACGUGAAGGAGCUAGUCUCCCUGAUGCAGCCGAAUGAGAUGGGAGAAGAGAACCCAGAGAUCAUGCUCCUCGCCUGCAGGUGCUUGGCGAACCUUAUGGAGGCCCUGCGCGGUUCGGUGGCCAAUGUGGUCUACGGCGGUGCCGUUCCCAUUCUGUGCCAGAAACUCUUGGACAUUCAGUUUAUCGAUCUGGCCGAACAGGCCCUCAGCACUUUGGCCAAAAUCUCCGUCGACUUUCCGGCAUCCAUUGUGCGGGAAGGCGGGCUCACGGCCUGUCUGACAUAUCUUGACUUCUUCCCCACCAGCACCCAGCGAACAGCGGUUACGACGGCCGCUAACUGUUGCCGGAAUCUUCCCCACGACUCAUUCCCAGUAGUUCGUGACGUGAUGCCAACCCUGCUGAAUGUCCUGGCCAGCAAUGAUCCGAAGGUGGUCGAGCAGGGCUGCCUGUGCGUCUCACGCAUUGUUGAGAGCUUCAAGAACAAGCCGGAAAAGUUGGAAGAACUCAUCGAGCCGGCCAUGCUCAAGGCUAUCCUUCGCCUUCUUCUUCCGGGUACCACCAAUCUGAUCGGACCCCACAUUCAUACCCAAUUUCUCCGUGUCCUCGCCAUCACAUCUAAGGCCAGCCCGCGUCUGUCGGUGGAGCUUCUCAAGAUGGAUGUCGUCGACACACUGUACCAGAUCUUGACCGGUGUCUCCGCCCCGCAGAGCCUCGGCAACUCCGCUAUGAAGAUGGAUAGCGUCCUGGUUAUGCAGGCAUUAAUCCACCGUCCCAGGGAGCAAGUUCUGGAGACCCUCAACGUCAUCUGCGAGAUUCUACCCGUGGUUGCAAAUCGAGAGACCGCCGAUGGCGUCCUUGAUGGUUCUCUCGGCGGCGUCGUUGUCGUGGGUGCCAAGCCUUCAAAAAUCAAAGAUUCUGCUGAGAAGCGGCGGUCCCUUCUUCUCGAAUGUAAACCAGAACUGAAACGCUUUGCCACGGUACUGCUGCCGACACUUACAGACGCCUACUCCAGCACGGUCAACCUCCAUGUUCGACAGAAGGUGCUCAUUGCCCAGCUCAAGAUGCUGUACAAUCUGGAUUCCUCGUUGAUCGAGGAUGCUCUCCGCAUCGUGCCAUAUGCCUCGUUCCUAGCCGCGAUCUUGUCGCAGAAAGAUCACCCGUCCUUGGUCUCGUUGGCCCUUCGUUGCGCAGAACUCCUCUUCGAACGUCUCGAGCAUGUCUAUCAGCACCAGUUCCACCGAGAAGGUGUCAUUUCGGAGAUCAUCAAGCUCGCAGAAGGGCGCCUCUCCACAGAACCCAAACAAGCAGCUUCUCACGAUUCGGAUGCGAUGGACACAUCCGACACUCCACCUGCCGGGGAGAAACAGACCGGGGACUCUGGGACCACGAUUGGCAAGAGUCACCAGAGGCUGAACCGUGACGAGGACGCAGAAUCAGACGAUAAUGUUGACGGGGAGGAUGAUGACGAUCAAGAGGAUGACCGUGAUGAUGACAACGAUGACAUGUCGGAGUCUGAGACUUCUUCAUCGUUCUCUGGUCACCGAAUCUUAGUCAACACCGAUGAUGCCAUCAAUGACCUAGUCAUUCAGGAUGCUCGGGCUUUUGUCGCGCUCUACGAAUCUAGCAAGAGCCGUGAUGAGCAUGAAAAGGCGCUGGAGAUUCUCACUGAGCUGCAGCAUCUGGCAGCGGACCUCUCAUCCUGCUACCUUGUCCAUGGAGGUGAGGAUGGAGAGGAGGGUCUGCGUUUAUUCAAACAAUUAGCCUCUUAUUUUGAUGGCGAUGCACUGGAGAGUAUCACCAGCUCCGAGCUACUCAACUCUGGAAUUAUCCAGGUUCUUCUAGAUAUAUUCCACGGGAGUGCCUCUACCGCCACCCGCAAUGCCCGUGCAGCUUUUUUGCAUGCCUUUAUGGGUUCGGCCAUCUCUGAACAAGCCCAAAGCCAAAGUACUGCUACCACCGCAUUUAGUGUCUUGAUACAGAAGCUCCAGAGCCUACUCAGUCGGACAGAGCACUUUGAGGUGAUCACAGUCAACCACAACUCUCUUGAAAAUACCAGGAGCAACGCCACGUACAUGUUAGGGAAACAACUUCGACUGAAACUCCUUGCCGACGAAGACUCCCAGAUCCCCCGACCAUAUCGAAACAUCAUGGUGUCCAUUCACGCCAUUGCCACGUUCAAAUCUUUGGAUGACUUCCUUCAUCCCAGAAUCAGUCUGUCCGACCGGCCGAGAAGUUCACGCAACCGGAACUCUCUCCUCUCCCAGAUUGCCGAAGCAGCGCGGCUACGAGAUCAAUUGACAGGCAGCGGCAAUGCUGCCGAGCACGACGCUGCCCCGCUCUCAUCUUCCAGUGCAACACACCCCGAUCAUCCUGGCAGCCAACCCGGUCAUCGGCCCCCCCAAAGUGAGAGUCGCGAAAGGCCAGCGCGGACGAGACGCUCUGGCCGUCAUCUUGGUCCCAGUGAUGACGCCGACGAACAGGGUGAGGAGCCAUUAGAAUGUGCUGAUGAAAAGCAUCUAAGCGAGGACGAAGACGAGCUAGACGACGAUGACGAAGAUGGUGCUGAGGACGAAGAGCUGAAUGCCAUUGUUGAUGACCUCGAGGAUGAGCUCUCGGAUGAUAACAUCCAAGACCCGACCGCAGUGAACAUGGAGGUCGCGUCAACAGGAAAGGUGACUGCCCGCAAAGAAGAUGGCACUCGUGUCGCAACUCCGUCACAAUCAACCCCGAUGUCAAAGUCUUCUGUCUCAGCCUCGACUCCUACCCCCCCCGCAGGGAACAGUUCACUCGCGAUGGCUGGCCGCCCGUUCGCGUCGUAUGCCGCUGCAAUGGCCUCGACCCCUCAAGACUGGCACAUUGAAUUUAGUGUGGACGACACGCCGGUCUGCAAUGAGACAACAAUCUAUCGGGCUAUCCACCACAAUCGUGAACAUCUAGAGGACUCCAAUGCACGGAAUGUCUGGUCGGCCAUCCAUACUGUUAAAUUCAAGCGCGUCCCUGGCCCUCCUCCCCCGGAGCCUUCGACCUUGGCUAGUGCUGUAACUGGGCCCUCAACGGAGGAUACUCCCGAUAUGCCCGUGUCUCUCAGCAAAGACACCACCACGGCGCCCAUCCUGCGACUUCUCAGUGUGCUGCAUGAGAUUAACGCCACCCUCGACGAUACCCUUGCGGAGCACAAGGAGCUCGGACCGCUCACCCCCGAACCGCUAGCCCAGUUCAUCAACACCAAGCUGACUGCCAAGCUGAACCGGCAACUGGAAGAGCCUCUCAUCGUGGCCAGCAGCUGCUUGCCGAGUUGGAGUGAAGAUCUCACACGGCUCUUCCCUUUCCUGUUUCCCUUUGAAACUCGGCAUCUCUUCUUGCAAUCUACCGCCUUUGGCUAUUCGCGCGCAAUGAUGAGGUGGCAAAGCUCCCAGGGCACAGAGGACAGUCGUCGAGACCAGCGCCGUGAUGAUCGCCCCUUCCUAGGCCGCCUCCAGCGACAGAAGGUGCGGAUCUCGAGGACGCGGAUCCUAGAGUCGGCAAUGAAGGUCAUGGAGCUCUAUGGCUCCUCGCCGAGUGUGUUGGAAGUCGAGUACUUUGAAGAGGUUGGAACUGGCCUAGGUCCCACACUCGAAUUCUACUCAACUGUCUCCAAAGAGUUCUCCAAACGGAAGCUCAGGAUCUGGAGAGACGGUGAUUCAAGUGCCGGAGACGAAUACGCCUUUGGGAAACGAGGCUUGUUCCCAGCUCCGAUGAGCGACGAUCAGGCCACCCAGGAGUCUGGCAAGAAACAGCUGCAGCUCUUCAAGAUGCUUGGCAAAUUUGUAGCCCGGUCGAUGCUCGAUUCGCGAAUCAUCGAUGUCUCCUUCAAUCCUACAUUUUUCCGCAUUGCCGGCAACCCCUCCAUGGUGCAGCCCUCCCUUGGCACCGUCAAAACGGUUGACAAAGAUUUGGCCAACUCUCUUCUGCUUCUGAAGCGGUUUGCCCAGGCGAAGAAGUCUGUCGACGACAAUAAAUCCAUCCCCCCAUCUCAGAAGGCACUGGUCUUGGCCGAGAUUGCGAUCGAUGACGUCCAGGUCGAAGACCUCGGCCUGGAUUUUACCCUGCCUGGAUACCCUGCCAUCGAGUUGAUCAAAGACGGAUCGAACAUCCCUGUUACGAUUGAGAAUGUCGGGUUCUACGUCGAGCGGGUGGUUGAUAUGACUCUUGGCAGCGGUGUUCAACGCCAAGUCGACGCGUUCCGACAGGGCUUCUCGCAGGUGUUCCCCUACAGUGCUCUUCGCGCGUUUACCCCGAAUGAGCUUGUGAUGCUAUUUGGACGAACAGAGGAGGACUGGGCCAUUGAAACCCUUAUGGAGUCAAUCAAGGCCGACCACGGAUUCAACAUGGAUAGCAAGAGUGUGCGCAACUUGCUCCAAACGAUGAGUGAGCUGAGCACGCAGCAACGGCGAGAUUUCCUUCAAUUCGUGACUGGUAGUCCAAAAUUACCGAUUGGAGGCUUCAAGAGUCUCACACCGAUAUUCACGGUUGUCUGUCGCCCCAGCGAGCCACCGUACACGCCCGAUGACUACUUGCCGAGUGUGAUGACCUGCGUGAAUUAUCUCAAACUCCCCGAUUACAGUAGCCUGGACGUUCUCCGCGAGCGACUCUCCGUUGCUAUCAAAGAAGGACAAGGAGCAUUCCACCUGUCUUAAUCCAGCCGCGUUUCGCCUUUCCCCCUUUUUUGUUUUUUCUUCAUCUUUUUCCUUCCAGGAGAGAGUGAUGAAAGAAGACGAGGACAGAGCAAAAUGAUGAUUGUUGCACCACCACACUGAGCGGGGCAGCAUGGUCGUUGAUCAAUUUGCAACAGAGAAGAGGACUGACUUAUAAUAAUAACCUGCAUAGCUGAAUCUCUCCUACUUCCUUCGUGUUUCGUCUUUUCCUUUUUCUUUUUCCUGUUCCCCGUUUUCUUAUUGACCAGCCGGGACUGUGUCUGGGGUAUGCGAGUGCUAUUUUGAGAAGAUCUCGGUUUGG